AUGCGAUUGAAUAAGCAGACCAGCCACUACGACCACGUCAGUCUCUCCACCGCCGGACGCGGGCAAGAUGCUCGCGGAUAUACGCUCGUAGCCUGUGAUAUAUGUCGCUCACGCAAGCUCAAAUGCAGCGGGGAAGGUGAAGGUGGCGCUUGUGAUCGAUGUCGAGCGUCCUCAAUCCCAUGCACCUACACGAUGAAUUUUGGCAACAAUGGCACCCAACCCAAGAGGGCAUGCAAUAACAAGCAGUGGACUCCACCUGAUUCUACUUCCGCGUCUGACUCUCCGUCUCGUCUGCGGUCUCGUUCCGUCAACGGAACCAGCUCAGAGGACCAACAAAUGCCUGGCCUCCAAACUCGGCCAUCCUCUGCACAGCAACAAGAUUCUUUGACUUAUGACACACCUUUUGAUAUAGACACGUGCAUGUUCAUGAAUCUCGAGGGAUCGGAAUUCUUCGACCUCGGCGACAACCUUACCCCAGACAAAACAUCCUAUCUCGUGGACCCCGCCCUAGACAGUCAAUUUCUGUCCUCAUCAUCGCAGCUUUCCACAAGUGAUGCAAAUUUUCUCACCGACCCGGCUCACCUAUCAAAUGGGACAACUAUGCCGCCCCGACCUGCUCCCACCCGUACCCUGUCCGAUGGAGCUGCGUUUCCAGACAGGUCAGGAAUAGGGGAGCGCCUAUCCAUGGGCUUAAUGCGGGAAUGCAACUGCCUGUCAAACCUCGUCGAGCUGUUAGAGAAACUUGGGGUACAACAAGUUGACUCGGGCGGUGUCGACAUCCAGCUGCUAUGUCUAGGAUCAGCUGUUCGCACGUGCCAAGAGACAAUCUCAUGUGGGAGGUGCAGCACCGACUCCCAGAACUCCAUUCUUCUAGCUACUAUCGCUCAGUCACUGGUGACUAUCGCCGAAGAAAUUGGCCGGUUAUGCCUGGGUCAACCGCGGGAGGUGGUUCCGUCAAGGGCCGAGCCGCUGGGAUGGGAGAAUGGAUCCACGGGGGAGGUACUAGAUGGGGCCAUCUGGGUCGGGCGAUAUCGCAUCGAAUCCUCCGAAAAACGAUUUAAAUUGGUCCAGGAGCUGGGUGCAAUGCAUUUGACUGAGCUAAGACAGUUAUUGCAUUUAAUGAAAAAUAAACUGGCGUCGAAUCGGCUGGCAUUGCAGCAGGUGGCAGCGGCGGAGGAGACGGCGUCGAGGAUUUGCUUGGCUAUUCGUGGGACAUCGGAGGGUAGAUGA